AUGACCACAACACCAGCCGCCGGUCCCUCGGGCGCCGCCGCGACCUCGUCGUCGAACGAUCCUCUCCUGACGACGCUCUGCGCCAUCUGCCACAUCCAGCCGCCCAAGUACAAGUGCCCGGCCUGCGACACGCGGACGUGCUCGCUCCCCUGCACGCGCCGCCACAAGGCCUGGUCGUCGUGCAGCGGCAUCCGCGACGCGACGGCCUACGUGCCGCGCGCCCAGCUGCGGACCCCGGCCGGCGUCGACCACGACUACAAUUUUCUGCACGGCAUCGAGCGCGCCGUGCAGCGCGCCGAGCGCGAGAUUGUCGAGGAGCGCCGCCUGCUCGCCGAGGACGAGCUGCGGCCCGUCGAGAUUCGCAGCGUGCAGUGGCGCCGCCAGAAGGACGGGUCGAAGAAGAAGGUGCUCGUCACCGAGGUGCUGCGGAACGGCGGCAGAGAUGGCGCAGGCGCAGGACCAGCAGGCGGCGGCGGCGGCGUGCGGCCAGACUUGUCAAAACAGAUGCGGCGACGGCUCGCGACGUUUGGCAUCCAUGUGCGACGCGCCCCGACGGGCAUGUCGAGGCAGAAGGAGAACGGCACAAACGUGCACAAGGCGUCGGGCCGCAUACACUGGCAGGUCGAGUGGCUGCUGCUCGAGCCUGGCGAGGCCAAGGAGGCCGACAGCAAGGCCGAGGUCGAGGCAGACGAUAAUGCCGACAACAGCAGCAGCGAGGAGGAGCACGACGACCACGCUAGGCGGAGCAAGAUUCCGACGACGCGCUUCCUGGGUAAGGCCAUGGACAACGCGCCCCUCUACUCGGCGUUCGGCCACGGCCACAGGGCCCAUUUGAAUGCCCUGCGGAAAAAGGAAGAGCAACAGCAGCGAAGCCCCUUUGACGUGGCCGUCGACCCUUCGACCAAGCCCAAGCCCCGACCCAAACAGCCCCCCCCGCAAGCCGCGACACAGUCCCAGGACCCGUCGACAGGCACAUGGCUUCCGGGCCACUACGUCCUCCAACCUCACCCGCACCCGGCCUGGAAACCCUACGCCGGCGCGACACACUUCAAGUCGGCGGCGGCCCCGGAACCCGAGGACAUGCCCAAGGACAAGUACCGCUUCUUCAUCUCCCCCGUCCGCAGCCCCUUGGCCGCCGCACCGAGCUCCGAAGCCAAGAUCCCCGUCCACGCCCUCGACCCGACAACGUCCCUCGGUGAAGCCCUGCGCGAUACCACCGUCCUCGAGUUCCCCACCAUCUACGCCCUCCCCGUCAACGCCGCGCUGCCCUCCGCCUUUGCCCUGACGCGGAAAUGCGACCCCGCCGACGCGACCGCGCAGAAGCGCAAGCGCGACGCAGCCAGCCAGUCCAGACGUCCACAGGACCAGAAGGGCAAGAAAAAACCCCGCCGUCGGCUCGAGGACGGCGAGGUGGCCAGCGAUGACGACGACAACGACGAUGCUGGCUCCGUCCAGGGUGGCAACGGCAAUUUGAUGGAGAUAGUAGCCGAGGAGAGCCUUGGGGACGAUGACGACGACGACAACGACGACAACGACGACGACGCCACAAGCAGCUCAGGCUCUGAUGAUAGUGACGGCGAGGAUGAUGCAACUAUCAACGCGAGUAUCGCGAGAAAGCUGGCUAGUUUGGGUCGGAUAUAG